GUCCCCAGAGAGGAAGAACAAGUGUUUAUAGAAACCUGCCUGAGGUUGCACGGUCCUCAACCACAGAAGAAGAACAAGGUGGAUGUAGUCGUGAUCAGCAGCAGCAGGUGGAUGACGACAUUAUGAGUCGCUGGCGUCGUUCGGUGGAUGAGCUGGCAGCACGGCGGCGGCAGCAGGGCGAGUGUGAGCGUGCUCAGGAAGCUCUCAGUCGGGUCAUUUCCUGUUUCCAGCAGCUGGCAGCGUCACUCGGCAGCUCAGCCGACUGCAGCUUCCUGCGAGAUGAGAUGGACGAGACGAGAGCUCUCGCACACCGAAUUUGCAGUGGUCUGUCCCGGCGUCUGGUGCGUCUGCUGUCUGACUGUGACUCCGCCCCCUCAGGUGUGGAGGACAGACAGGUGUCGGAGCGUCUGUGGGUUCUCUUCCUGUCGGCGUUAGAGAACUUUGUGUCUGACCUCCGUAAAGCCUGCAAUCUGAUUGGACAGUUUCCUCUGACCAAGCGCUACGACAGACGCUCAUUGGUCAACACAGGAUGUAUUGAUGGUGUGGUGGGCGUGGCAGCCCGAGUGGCUUUAGUCCAGGUGCCAUGGCUCACCUUGGAGGAGGAGCCGAGCCCUAAUCUGACCAAUCACAUCGGAGGACUGGAGGCCAUGCUGAGUGAGAUGCAGCUGAGGGUUCCUGUUGCAUUCUGGUCAGUGGAGUCCACCCAGCCUGCAUGGGCCGAAGCUCGAGGUGAAAUGGAUGAACUAGAUGACAGCCUGGAGGACCUGAUGGAGGUUGAGGUAGUCUCCAACAACAAGAUGGCCGCCUGCUGCCAGCCGCCGUGCUGCGGACUCGGCUGUGUCGGGUAGAGGGGAGCAGCUGACAUCCCCAUGACCUCACCAGUGACAUACCUGACAACAUUACGGGCUGCUCAUGUCUGUGUUUGAAUAAUGUUAAACUUCAGCAAUAGGACACAGAUUUUCUAACGGAGUAAUCUAGCCACUGGGACAGGAAUAUAAUCUGAGGUUCUUAGAAAUAAAAGGAAAUAGUGAGUUAACAAACAUGAGAAUAGAGUGCUGCAGGAAUGAAGCUUAAAACCCAGAACUUCCUCUCCUGAAAGUCAGUGGGUUGAAUGCGGUUUUUGGUUAGAUGUCUGAAAUAAGGUGUGUUUAACAGAAGCUUGAGACAGUCACACUUUACUCUACAACAUAAAACACGGCAGUAAGUUGAUCCUUGAAGGCGGUUGCGAAGAAGCGGCCUCAUAAGACUACAGAGCAAGUCUGACAGUAAUCUAAUUGGCUAUGUCGACUGAGCAGAUUCCUCACAAUUAUUAGUCCAGUAAAAAGUCAGUCAGCUUCUGUGUGUUGAAUUAAGAACUUUAUUGAUACAGCGAGGUGAACAAACAUAAAAAUAUUAUACAAACACAGAAGACAAACAAUCAGAAGAAGAAAACGCAGAGAUGCUUUACUUCUGGAAGGUCGAGUGUAGAUGAGCUUUAAAGGCUGAAAGAGACAAAACAGCUAUUAGAACUAUAACUCCCAUAAGCCCCUGCACACCCUGCUGCCCCUUUACGCUGCCCUGCAGCUGCGUCGCUACACUUCAUUAAAAGAUGAAAAAUACCAGUUGGUCUUGAACAUAAACAUGUAAAGGUGAUGUCCGUGAAGGCAUCAGCAGUUUCUCACCUUCCUGAUCGUCCCAGAGUUUAGCAGCAGCUGUGUUCAGAGGACUCUCGUUGUUCGGUUCUGAGAAGAAACAGAACACGUCAACAUUCACAUAAACUGUUGGAAUAUAUUAAAGUGGAUGUUCCUUCACUUUCAUCUACAUUCAUCUCUGUAUAAUCCUGAAGGGUCCUGACAACGAUUUCAAAUACAAGAAAUAAAAGUAACCUGUCUGCAACACAAAA